AUGCUAAGAUCAAUCGCCGCUAGUGGCAAAAAGACGCUGGGUCACAGUCGACUCUCUAUGGCGAUGUAUCGUAAUUUGUCUGCAGAAGCUUUCAAAGCUACAGGAGCUGCAACACCCAUUACGCUGAAAAACAAGUCCAGACCGAUGCGGAUUGAAAGAGAUUUACCAGAUCCAACCAAAGAUAGGCUCAAAAACCGUGCUCAACUGGGGCUAUUUGUGGUAGCCAUUGGUGUUUCCCUGGCGUGCAUUUUCAAUUACGAGAAAACACAGUCACCUAUCGUCUCUAACUCGCUUUACCACAUGCGUAGAUCGCAGAAAAUUAGAGACUUAUUGGGGGACAGUAUCGAUUUUGAUGGGUUGGUGCCAUGGGUUUACGGAGACCUUAACCAGGUAGCCGGAAGAGUCAAUAUCUCUUUCUACAUUAGAGGCUCCAACGACGUGCAAGGAAUUGUGAAGCUAGUUGCUGACCGGGAGAAUAAGCAUCAAGAGUUUUUGAUCCACGACUGGAGCGUAACCGUGAACGGAAAGAAGAUCGACCUCUUGACCGAGGAAGGAACCAAGUUUUUGUAG